AUGGAGAUAAACGCCACAUUUCCUUCCCCUGUGGGGUUUCUGAUUUCAGGAUUACAGAAUCUGCAGAACAGUGACUAUUAUUUUAUAUUCCUGGCUUUCGUUUACCUGGGAACCCUGAUAGCCAAUUGUAUUCUAAUGUCCAUAAUAUGGCUGUCAGAGUGUCUUCAUACACCAAAGUACAUGGCAGUUUUUAAUUUAUCUAUUGUAGACUUGAGCAUUAGCACAGCUCUUAUUCCAAAAUGUUUACAUCAAUUUCUUUUUGACUCACGAUUUGUGUUAUAUGAGACAUGUUUAACUCAGAUGUUAUUUGCUCAGUCUUUAUAUGGCUUGGAAUCUCUCUCCCUUGUUGUUAUGUCUUAUGAAAGACUCGUCUCUAUUUGUUUUCCACUGAGAAGCAGCACAAUCAAUACAAACACCAGAAUGUUUGUUAUACUUGCUUUCUGCUGGGUAAUAUCUUUCACAUAUUUUGGUGUUGCAGUGGGUUUUAUAACACGCUUGGCAUUCUGUGAACCUAUUCCUGUCAUUAAGAGUUAUUUCUGUGAUCAUGGACCAGUGUUCAGAGCGGCCUGUAAUGAUAAUAGUGCAAAUUUAAUUAUAGGCAAAGUUUAUACUGUUCUUUUCAUUUUUCUGCCAUUUGCAUUGAUUAUUCUAUCCUAUGUGUGCAUUAUAGCUGCUCUUUCCAGGAUUGCAUCUGCACAAGGGAGGUGGAAAGCAUUUAAAACAUGCACGGGUCACUUAGCCUUAGUGGUCAUAUUCUUUAUACCUGUUUUAGUAACAUAUAUGAUUGCUUGGAUAAAUUUCACAGUGGAAACUAACACCAGAAUCCUCAACACAUCUUUGUCAGCAACCCUGCCUCCUCUACUGAAUCCCAUCAUAUACACCUUAAAAACUGAGGAGGUAAUGGAGCAAAUUAAGAAUUUCAUAAGGAAACGGAAGUCUGCACCAAUUAAUCAUUAG